CAACAACUAACGUAGAAAAAAUAUCAUGUUUAACUUAGGAAGACCACUUUACUCCUCCUUCCUAGUCACCUUUUCUACAAGUUCUCUUCCUAAAAUGUUGUCCCUAGGAAAACCUUCCCCAUGAUAGAGUGGUACAAACACUUGCAUUAAAAACACAAGUACUAGUCCACAACCUUUAACCACAAGUCCAAAAAAAUUAACCAAUUUACAUUAUUACCACACUUCCAACAAAACAACAAGAGUUAACUAACGACACUAACCAAACCAACCAAUCUUGUCCCACCCUCACACACACUCUCAUCCAUACAAUAAUAUCCCACCUGACCCAUCACCAAACCAAACACAAUGUCCUCAACCACCGUCACCACCACCACCACCGUCAUGGACCGCCGCACCUACUGGUGCCACGAGUGUGACAUGAGCAUCUCCCUCCUCCCUACCUCCUCCCUCUGCCCCCACUGCAACUCCGAUUUCCUCGAAGAAUUAGAUUCCCCAAUCACCUUCACCAACCCUAACCCGAACCCUAACAGUCACGGCGAUUCAGAUCAGUUAUUAUUCCCGUCGUUUCUCGACCCGUCGUUACCGGCGGACGCGUUUCAGUUUCCGGCAGCGGAGACACCGGCCGAUACGCUCGAUAAUCCGUACUUUCACCGUGUAAUUAACCACCUUUUUAACUCCGAUUACGUUCACAGUCCGUCCGCCGUGGCUACCACCUCUCGCCUCCACUCGCCGGCGGCGAAAUCCGCGGUUGAAGCUAUACCGUCGGUGAAGAUCACGGCGGCCUUGCUUGAGAUUGAUCCGAUUGUUAUUUGUGCGGUUUGUAAGGAUCAGUUUGUGAUUGAUGAUGAGACGAAAGAGCUUCCGUGUAAGCAUAUGUAUCAUCCUGAUUGUAUAAUUCCGUGGCUUUCGCAGCGUAAUUCGUGUCCGGUAUGUCGGUUUCAGCUGCCUAUUGAUCCGGUGGACGGGGAUUCGAAAGUGAGGAGGAGGUCUAGGUCUAGGGUUUUGAGAUUGGGGGAUUUGGUAGAUGACGAGGAUGAUGAGGAGUUGUUAGGGUUUGGAUUGAGGCAUUUGGCUCGGAGGCAUCGGUUGGUGUUUCCGAUUAGGCAUCAGCGGGAGCGGCGGGUGGGGGAGGUGGAAGCUUUGUUUUCGCCGACGCAGAUUGGGGAGGAGGUUCAGGUGGAUGUGAUGCCUGAUUCGGGGCGGACGAAUAGUGUGGAGACGGUGUCGAGUUGGCCGAGCUGGCCAGUUGAUGGAGGUGAGAUUGCUGCUAGAGUUAAUGAUGAUGAUGAUGUGGUGAUGUCUUGAAACAUUGCAUACAAGGGCUCUUUUACAGAUGAUGUAUAGUGGUUCUUAUGGUUCCAAGGUACCUCACCAGCCUGCAAAUUUAACCAAGUGUACAUUGGUUGCAGACUUUAUGUUAUAUCGGCUCCUAUAUCCUAGAUCCUAAACCCUAAUAAAGAUUAAAUGGCCCGUGAUCUUUUUACGCCAGCUUUUCUUUGCUUUUUUUCUUAUUUUUUUUCUUUUUUUUAACCUUUUUGGAUUUCUGUUUUAAUAAUGGGCCUUUUGUUUUCCUGUCAUUGUGUUCUCUUAGAGCUUGCAAAUAACAUGUAAUGCAGUGGUAGCUACUGCAUUAGUAGGUCUUGUUUGUGUUAUUGUGACCAUUGUGAAUUGUGGGGUUUUCUGGAAUCUUGAUGCAACUACAUACCCAAUGUUGGUACUUUAUAGUAUAUGCUAGUUCUUUUA